AUGUUUCUUGUGGGAAGAAGUUUUGCCCCAAUUAACUCGGGGACAAGAAGUCAUUUUGGAUUCAAUUAUGAUAAACAGGGAAGGGAUUGGAAAGUCAGGUGCGGUGAAAGACAAUCGCCGAUUGCACUGUGGUCAUGCAAUUCGAUUACAUGUGAUGUACCCAAACUGAAGUUUCUGAAUUACCAUAAGAGCCUGAGUGAUCCUUUGUCCGUGAUCAACAAUGGGCUAACUGUUCUCAUGCGGAUACCCAAGACCGUCGACGGCAGUCGGCCAUCCAUUUGCAUCAGUACUGAAGGCCAACAUGUCUUCGAGGCCGACCAGUUGCACUUUCACUGGGGCUCCGCACUGAGCAAGGGAUCGGAGCACUGCUUGGAUGGCAACUAUUACGAUGGGGAGGUGCACAUCGUUCACAAGAAUGCCAGUUACAAAAGCAACAAGGAGGCCGGUAUGCAGCCGAAUGGCUUUGCGGUUUUGGCCCUGCUCAUAAGGAAUCUUGAGGUAGGAAGUGCUUUUACCCUUUACCUAUACCAUACCUAUACCAUCGCCACCUUAUUUCCAUCGAAGGAUCCGAACAUCGAGACGCCAGCUAUGAAUAUGAUCUGUAAACAGGUAUCCAGCAUAGCUAAGUUGGAUGAUUCGUGUCCUCUGGAGGACAGUAUGGCUCUGCAAGAUCUGUUUGUAAGCAUAGAUAGCCAAAAAUACUUCACCUACCAAGGUUCGCUUACCACUCCUCCCUGCGCCGAGGCAGUCAUCUGGUUUGUUUUCCCAACUCCUCUCGAUGUCCCCAAAGAGCUGUGGAAGCACUUUUGGCAACUGAGGGAUUCUCGUGACCAGCGCGUCCUUAACACCUACAGGGAACUACAAGAUGGCCAUGACCGACCAGUUUAUAGAAGUAAAGGAAAAUAAGUGUUUUAGUCAAGUGAAAAUGUAGUCAUGUCAUAUGUAUUGUCCAAGUCCAAAUGUAUUAAAAUUAUUUUAAGUGCA